ACUCCAGGUUUGUGUGCGCCUCACACCGGACUAGACGGUGCGAUCAUCUGGAAAUAUUUUCACUCCGUCGAUGUUUUUUUUUGUUCUUUUCUUUUUUUUGUUGGGGGGGUGGGGGGAUCCCACACCUGUGUCAUGUUGUUCCGCCAAAAAAUUUCGGCUUUAAAUAUCACUGAACCCCAAUCGGAUGCAAAGAAAUGAGUGGUGAAAUCAGCGCGUGGAUUGUAAAUAAAGAUUCCGGCUAGCUAGCAGCUUAGCCCACCCAAUUAAGCUAGUUAGUGCGUUUAGCUAAUUAACUUUUCGGGUUUUAGAUCCUCAAAAUCAAAUGUUUGCACUGCAGUGAGUGUUAUAUAUACACGCAGCAUUUCUAAAAGCGCAUAUGGCUGUCUCCUGCCACCUGUCGCCGCCGUGUGUUAGCUAGAGAUCCGGGCAGCUGAUGGACAGUGUUGCGGUGAAUCUGGGCACUGGGGCGGUUAGCUUAGCGAGACAGCAAAGGACAACACGGAUGUCGUGGCAGGCAAGUUUGUCCCUUCGGGACUCUAGUUGGUAGUGAUUACAGAUCCUAAAUACAGGGUUUGAGCUGGUCUGAUAGUAGGGGAGACCUUUAGAUUCACAUCUGGCCUCCAAUCUCAUCCAGUGUUUGGCCUUGUUUAAUAGAUCCGUUUGUGUGAACAGGCUGGGGUCUAUUUUGCUUCAUCGAUUUACGUCUACUAUAAGGCAUUUUUAAACCACAUUCCCCCAGAUCCACCCUGUUCCUCUUUCGACACUGUUGCAAAGGGAAGCGGGUCGUAGAAGUGUGUCAGAUCAGGGUUGGGAUCUCCAAACGCCGUGGUGAUGACUCUGGAGUCCAUGAUGGCCUGUUGCAUGACUGAAGAGGCGAAGGAGUCCAAAAGAAUCAACGCCGAGAUCGACAAGCAGCUCCGGAGAGACAAACGAGAUUCGAGACGAGAGCUCAAACUCCUCUUACUGGGCACGGGCGAGAGCGGCAAGAGUACAUUCAUUAAACAGAUGCGGAUCAUUCACGGGACCGGUUACACCGAUGAGGACAAGCGUGGCUUCACCAAACUCGUCUACCAGAACAUCUUCACCUCCAUGCAGGCCAUGAUCAAUGCCACCUGGCACCUCAAGAUCCCGUUCGAGAACGAAAAUAACAAGAACAAUGCUCUGCUGGUGCGAGAGGUCGACGUGGAGAAGGUUUGCUCCUUCGACCAGCCCUAUGUUAAUGCAAUAAAGAUGCUCUGGGCGGAUCAAGGCAUCCAGGAAGCCUACGACCGCAGGCGAGAGUACCAGCUCUCUGACUCCACUAAAUAUUACCUUAGCGAUUUAGAGCGUAUAUCGCUUCCGGGAUACGUGCCCAGCCAACAGGAUGUGCUGAGGGUCCGAGUGCCCACUACUGGCAUCAUAGAGUAUCCCUUUGACCUGGAGAAUAUAAUCUUCAGCUAUCUAAGUGAUUUGGACCGUAUCGCAGACCCGUCGUUUCUGCCGACUCAGCAAGACGUGCUUAGGGUUCGCAUCCCUACUACAGGGAUUAUUGAAUAUCCCUUCGACUUGCAAAGCAUCAUUUUCAGGAUGGUGGAUGUCGGAGGGCAAAGAUCAGAGCGCAGGAAGUGGAUCCACUGCUUUGAGAACGUUACGUCUAUCAUGUUCCUGGUUGCCUUGAGCGAAUAUGACCAGGUCCUUGUGGAAUCUGACAAUGAGAAUCGCAUGGAGGAAAGCAAAGCGCUGUUUCGCACAAUCAUCACCUACCCCUGGUUCAUGAACUCUUCAGUCAUUCUGUUCCUGAACAAGAAGGACCUUCUGGAAGAGAAGAUCAUGUACUCUCACCUGGUGGACUAUUUCCCUGAAUUUGAUGGUCCCCAGAGAGACGCCCAGGCUGGCCGCGAGUUCAUCCUGAAGAUGUUUGUGGACCUGAACCCAGACAGCGACAAGAUCAUCUACUCGCACUUCACCUGUGCCACAGACACCGAAAACAUCCGCUUCGUCUUCGCGGCCGUCAAGGACACCAUCCUGCAGCACAACCUGAAAGAGUACAACUUGGUGUGAGAGAGAAACCAAACGAGAGCGAGAUACCUGCAGCGCACACAUGGCCGAAAGCACUACACACUUCACACGCAGAAACACAUGAACGGAAACCGUUCAGACACAUCUUCACCCCCAUCAGGCACUGGAUCUUCUCAUAUUCCUCAUCUUUGCCUGUUUUUUUCCUCUCUUUCUGAGUGUCGACCCCUCCAGCUGAUAGCUUUAUCAUCCAAUCUUCCUCAAACACGAAAGCUGGACCCUUAAACCGGUGCCUGAUGAUAAAGAGCAUUCGUUUGCUCUGUAGAUGGGCUGUAGUUGGGCUCUACCUGAAUGAAACUGAGGUAGGAACUUAAUGGAAACACUUGGAGACUCAAUGAGUGGGCGACAUUCUUGAAGGACUUCACCUUGCAUUACUGAAUUUAACCAGGUGAUAGUUGUGCAAUCACAUGCUAUAACACUAGAGGUGGAGGUGAUUUGAUUUAAUACUAUUUUAGGAGUGAAGUAUAGAGAUUUCCCAUCACUGCUUGGAAGAGAUGGCACACCAUGUGAAUUUUUCGUAAUAAGUGACAGAUAAUAUUAUUAAUAUUUUUUUUUCUUCAAGCGUUCAGUUUUCCCUAAAAUGUAUCCACAAAACUGAUCAUUCAGGUGGCUGUUUCCUCCAGUCUGAUGUUUGCCAGUAUUGGGUUUUUAAUCAGUAUAAUUAAAGGGAUCCAGCUAGUAUUCAAAGAUAUUUACUGAAAGAUUGUGAUUUGUUUACAUGCUUUGUUACAUCGGUUUUGAAUCUUUGACCGAAGCAAUCAAAUAAACGCCUUUCCUAGACGAUU